GUUUAAUAUUACUGCUUAACAUCACAAUUUGCAGAACAGUUUCAGUGAAUUUAAUACAACUGAAUCACUAAGUUUACUGGCAUGACCAAGAUUACAAAGGUAGAAUUUCUCCCUUGCAGGCCUUGAUAACAACAGCUUUUAAAUACCUUACAUUUAUAAAUAUUGAUACGUGGUUUUUUGGCUUCAAAACGUAUUUAUAGAUAACUCACUUCAUAGGUGGUGUAUGUAUUGGGGGGAUUACUCCCCCCCGCCCCCCCCAGUUCUUUCAGGUAAUAACAACCCCCAAAAAGAUGUACAUGCCAUUUCUUACACUGUCUCUUUCUCAGAAACAAGCUAUGAAGUAACCAGAUGUGAAUCAGAACAUUUUUAUUAUUCUGUGUGAAUUUGUAUGCAAGCAUUCUUUCUCCUUAUUGAGGCAUAGGGAAGAUUCAGAUUUCUUAAAAAGCAUGUGGGAGGUAGUUUGUCAGCAUACAAAGGAGAGCUGUGACUUAAAUAAGCACCAAAUAAAAAAUUAAUGUGAAGACUGCAUUCUAAGGAAGAAAAUAUGUAAGUCAUACGGGUGUAGGAUCUGAAGCUUUGUGAGAACUGAUUCAAGGAUCCUAAAGCUGACUCUAAUAUUGAAAGCAUUUAUACAUCUUAAUGUUGUUGUUGCAGUAGUUACCCCUAAAUUGGGAAGUCAGUUUGGUAGGGCUUAGGUCCUCUUUUAUUUCUGCAACUUGGAGCAUGUGUGGGGUCAGAGAUGGAGCAUGAAAUGCAAAAUUCAAUUUGAGUUGUAUUGUGUCUUGAACUUCUUGAAAAUGUGUACUCUACCCUCAGGAAGCAAAACAACUAAACCAACCGAAGUCAGUUAAGAAGAAUGGGUACUGGAAGAUUUGAUAAAUUUUAUGGGAAUAAAUCCAAAUAGAGAUUUUCCAGAUCUUGCUGGUUUAUUUAAAGAGCCAUUUAUGACUUUCACGAGUUGAUGAUAAACCUCCAGUUACACUGAACCAGAAUUUAGUUUCAUUCUUGGCUCUGAACAAGCAAAAAUAUUGAUAAUGUGUUAGGAAUGAACGGAAAUGUUUUGUUCGUGGUUGGGUACACGGAACAAAUACGAGAUUUCCUCACUUUCAGUACUGUUUUGUACGUUCUGAGCAACACUAACCAAACCAUGUGUAGCUACAGGAGCUGUGCCAUCUCCUGCACUGUAAUUCUCUUUCAAAUAAAGUUGUGUGUCCCAAAGGCAGUAUUUGUAUUUUUUCUGCAUAUUAUGUACUGGUUCUCUUGCUCUACUUUUUUUUUGAUGAUGCUGUGAGUUGUCCCACUGAAGUUGAUAGGAGCAGUAAAAGACGUAUUACUCAGUAUCAGUGUUUUGUGACCCCCAUACACGAGCUUUCAGACUGCGCUGUGGGACCCUUUGUGCCCCAAGCACUGGAAAUCCGGGGGGGGGCAUGUGUGUGAGGUGAGGGAGCACAAGUAUGGUCACUGCUGCAGUUCGGAUCAAAGCUCUUGUUUAUUUGGUCUGAACAGGCAAGAGUACAGACAGGACCAAGAAUUCAGUGAGCAAAUUCCCUGUGAACAAGCAGGUUGCAAAUCUCAGGGUUUUGUCGUCCAAAUUCAGCUCUUGGACCUGCAAUUCACGUUGCAGCAUGGAAACAGGCCCUGAAAGCUGGAGGGAGAAAGGGUUAAAGAGCCUUCCCUUUCACCUUAGGCAAAUAUGCAAGAAGUACUUGGACAAGAACAGUAUGUCAGGAGUGCAGCUGGGAAGAGGGACAGCUGUUUGUUUUUUAUCCUCCCCCAGAGUACAAUCUAUUUAAAUAUUUACAUGGUCUCUUGCUAAAAGGCUUCCUUUCCUAUACUUUUCUGGUUUACUAUUAAGUUAUGAAUGGGGGAGAGGGAGAGAUUUGUAAUUGGAAAUUCCUCCACUUUGAAAAAGUGUAUCUAUUUUAUUUACUGAGAGAAAUAUGGUAGUAGUGGUUUUUAAACAUUUAAAUUAUUUCAGUGAGGCUUGUGCUUUGCCGUUGAAUAUCAUUUCUUCUUCAUGUACUUUAUAUAUUUUAGAAUCUUAAUAGGCUAUCUGAACAUACAGUAAAAAUAGGAAAUUUCAGACAAUACAACCUUUAAGAGAAGGCAGUGGAACACUAAUAUGUAGUUAGUUUCAAAUGAUUAAUAAUAUAGAUAAUAACAUAAAGCACUUGUAAAUGCAGGAAUUAUAUAUUCAGUAUCUUAUAAACAGUUAUGAAUAGCCAGUAGGUCCUUCAUUGAUGAACACGUUAGUUCUAGCCUUGGUCACACCCUGUGUGUUUGUUCUGCAUAGACUCGCCUACUAGGUCGCGGCAUCUAAAAUGGUGAAACUAUUCAAGGCAUCUGUUUGUGUUAGUUUACAGAAUCAGCGGUAUUUAAUGAUGUGAAACAUCUUGGAUUACAAAGCUCUUGCAGGGAUGGGAAAAGUACAACCAGAGGUCCUUAGGGUCCAGAGGAAAGACUUCAGCAAGUGGUUAGUAUUACAUCUAGGAAAUGUUGAUUUAAAAUCAACAGAUCAUAGGAGACACUAUGGUUAAACAUGUCUGUAGUGUUUGUUGGACUGAGGCCUUGAUCAUUACUUAUGGGUCAAAAUUAUUUCACUUCAAUGUAAGAUGAGUUUUACAAGGAAUGUGUUUUGCACACCAUACAGACUUUCAAGACACAUUUUGAAAGUAAUUUAGCAUAAGAAAGAGUCUAUUUAAUUUGAUAGUAGUAUUUCAUGUUGUCUUUUCAUAGUCUUAAUCUUGUCAGAUGUGUAACUGAUACACAAGAGCUGUUUGUUUUUGAAGAGUGCUACGCAUGUACCCUAGUUAGCCUUUGAAGAGUGAAAACUCACCCUUGAAGUGAUUGACAGAACCCUGCAAGGCUUUGGCAAAGUUGGUACAAAAGUUUGCAGCCCUGUAAUCAUUAUUUUGGAAGCAAUCCUUACUCUGUUCUAUAAUUAGAUAUAUAAUCCCCUUGUCAAAGACAGUGGCAAAAGUUGAAAUUACAAAUUAAGCAGAAAAUGUAUUUUAGCAUACGUAGGUUCAGGUGCAGGAAAGCCUGUAAGUAUGUGCCUCAUUUUAAGUUGCUGUACACGUGAUGGUGUGAUCUAAAUCUCAAAUACAGUUAAAUUUUAGUUAGUGGCCAGAACUCUCUUCAGUCUGGACAAGACCUGCAGUUGUAUGUUGAAGUGACUUUGGCAACUACAAAUCCCAGGGAGCAUUGCCUUUAGCAGGUUUGUGUAACCGGAUUGGCAUCCUGCAGGGACCAAUGGCAAGCCGAGAAUUCAAGAAAAUUCAUGUGUGUCAGCUGCUGGUAUUAAAAUUCACCGGAGAGAGCUGCAGACCUGAGUGCAAGCUGCGUGUUUCCCGGGCUACUUGUAAACCCUUGUGUGAGCUUUGUGGUGAUAUUCUGUUUUACACCCUCUGUGCCUCAGUUGAAAAAGCUGGCUGGACUAGUCCAAAUGGAUGCAAUUCUGAACUGCAGACCGGAUGACUUGGAAGAUUACUACAACUUGCUAGGAUGUGAUGAACUGUCUACGGUUGAACAAAUUCUUGCAGAAUUUAAGAUUAAAGCCCUUGAAUGUCACCCUGACAAACAUCCUGGAAACCCCAAAGCAGUGGAGAAUUUCCAGAAGCUGCAGCAAGCUAAGGAGAUUCUUACUAAUGAAGAGAGUCGAGCGCAUUACGAUUACUGGCGGCGAAGCAAAAUUACCAUUCCGUUCCAGCAAUGGGAGGCCUUGAGCAAUUCUGUGAAAACGUCAAUGCAUUGGGCUGUUCAAAAUAAGAAGGACCAAAUGCUGGAAGCUCCUGACUUGAAUAAUAGCAACAACAUAGCUAGUGAGAUUUGGACACAAAAGACUGAAAACGAUGGAUUGUCAGAUGGGAACGGGGAGCAAGAUGAUGUUGCAAUUCCUGAUGGGAAACCAGAGUCUUCAAAGAAUCCAGACUCCCCAAGAUUUUCAGAGGCAAAUUACUGGCACUUGCAUUUCCGCUGGUCAGGGGAUGCUCCAUCAGAGCUUCUGAGGAAAUUCAGAAACUAUGAGAUCUAAAAGUACGCGUGAGAUCAUCUGUUCAACAAUUCAGUAUUUUUUUUGUCAGCAGUUGUAAGUGAUUUGUAUUUUGUAUUCAUGCAUUGUGAUGUGAACAUUGUUUGAAUAAAUGUCUUAAUACGGGUUUGCUCACACACAUGAAAUGAGCAUUACAGGUGGAGGUCUUUUUGUUUAAUGAGCAAACUUUAAUAAGCAAAGACCUUUUCAGUAUUAACAUCAAGUAAUUUUGUGAAGUUAUCUAACAUCCUAUAUAUUGUUUCUUGUACUCUUAAAUAUUGUGUAGUGAAUAACAUUUUUCUUAAUACUGUGAUGUUAUAAAGAACAUACUCUCGGUAGAAUCAAAAGUCAAUGUUAGACUCCCGCAAAUCAUCCUAUUCAGUAAUUAUCUUCCAAAAGCCAUAUGACAAUGAGCUUUAAACAAAACUGUGCUUAUUUCUAAACUAUGUACUCUGGUUCACUUCUCCAUUGCAUUGUUCUUCCUGUAGUGAUUUAUAAUGCACACAUGCUCAAUACUAUUACAAACUUCAUUUGUUGGAGAGUUGUGAUCUUAUGAUAUGAAUUAAAUAAGAAGGUUCUUAGUAUCCAAGAAGGUCACUGUGAUAGAUCAAGCACUCCUAGAAAUCCCUUAACUUCCUAUCUUAACAAGUAUAGGUUUUGCACCAGCUGUGUAUUGCGGAAGGCAGUUUCUGAACUUCACUGCUCUGGUUAGCAACUUUCUUCUGAAGAUUUAUUGGUGAACAACUAAUACCCCUGGUGUGUGUGCCAGCAUUGGCCUGCCUGAACCUAGAGACCAUUUCUCACACUGUGGCUUAAUAGUAAUUUCCCUCCUGGCUCUGGCCAGGUAGACAAGGUCUUAUCAAGGUUUUUGUAUGGCAAAGAAUGAAGAAUCAGGCCAGUCAGCAUUAAUGUGUUUUCCAUAUUUUGGACAACUUUUCAUAUUCUACAUUGUGUUUGUUUAUUUUCUUCUUUGUAAACCCAGAUAAUAUGUCAGGUAUUGACACUGUGGUUUUGUGCAGGCAAGUAAUUCCAUCAGCAACAAAUAAAAAUGCAUGCGUACAGAAA